AUGGCGUCACUUAAUACGUCACGAAAAGAGGAUGAAGAUGAGGAGGAUGAAGAGGAGGAUGAAAAUGAGGAUGAAGAAAAAGAUGAAGAUGAAAAUGAUGAUGAAGAGGAAGAUAAGAAUGAAAAGGAAAAUGAAGAAGAGGAUAAAAAUGAGGAUGAAAAAAAAGAGGAUGAUGAUGAAGAUGAUGAUGAAGAGGAAGAUGAGAAUGAUGAGGGUGAUAAUAAAGAUGAUGACAAUGAUGAGGAUGAAGAUGAUGAUGCUGAAAAAGAAGGGAAUAAUGAUAAUGAAGAAGAAGAGGAUGAAAAUGAAGGGAAGGAUGAAGAAAAGAAAGACAAAAACGAAAUUGGUGAUAACUAA